AUGUUCUCUAAGGUCCUCGCUGCUUCCGCCCUUGCCUCCGUUGCUUUGGCUGGUUACUCCAACUCUACCUCCGUUCCAGGUAACUCCACCGUUGUCACUACCGACGUUGUUGUCACUGAGUUCACUACCUACUGCCCAGAAUCCACAACUGUUACCUUCACCACUUGUCCUGAAGAAGACGUUUGCGGUGAACACGUUGUUACCGUUACUGAACCAACUACUCUUACCGUUACUUCUUGUGAAGUCCCAACCACCUACACCACCACCGUCUCUUCAACCACCGUUGAAACCGUGUGCCCAACUUGUACUGAGAAGACCACUGUUGUCUCUUCUUCUUCUAUGACUUAUGAUAACCACACCGUCACUACUGCUGUCGGUGGUGCUCAAAAGGUUGCUGCUGGUGCUUUCGCUGGUGUUGCUGCCGUUGCUGCUGCUUUGUUCUAA